CUUGACUUCGCCGUCAAUGCUGCCAUGUCCCUCUGGUUAGCCUGGAUGUCUCUCUGAGACAUGUCCGGCAGUGCGUGUAUCACUGGCGUAGAUCGCCGUUGAAGACGUCCGAGGGCAGGCAUUCUCACCGUACUAGCUUGGAGGGGGGAUGAGACGUUGAGAGAUUACUAUGACGAGGUCUUUGACACAGGUGAGUGUAUACGAUUGAGUUGCGCGACGCAAAGAGAUUGCUUGCCCAGUGAGGAUCCUUCUCGCGCAGGCAAUCGUAAAAACAAUUACCAACUGCGCCUUCCCGGACAACCCCAUCGUUGGCGAGGAGCGUGCUGGUCAUCUACAUAUCGAGUACUGGGUAACACCUUGCAAUCGUAUUCAUUGCUGGGCUCGCGAAUGAGACCUGAAUUGCAAGGCACUAGCCUAGACAGAAGGCGGAAGGAGUAUUGGGACCGUAUCAAACGAGGACUGCCGACCAGCUCCUUCGUGCCACCAAGCGCAGCGACUACAAUUAUGGCUGGGCGAGAUCGCUUCUCUUGUGUUUUCUCGAGAUUCUCCGAACUUCGCGGUCUCGAUUCCACAAUCUCGUCUCUCCAUCCAGCACCAGUCUCAGUCUGAUAACUUCAAUUCGAUUCUCCACACCGUACAUUUAACUCGAUGCCUCUGUGACAUCGCGGAUCUCACCUAUCUGUCUCCUUCUAUCAAGUCAACAUUGU